AUGUUCCAGAAGAUUCUGCUGAGUAUUUCCAUAACUCUCCUCAUGGAUGUAGGAGAAAGAGCGCUGACAUUUAGCUUGAUUAGACAUUGUAAUCUAUGUCAGCACCAUGAUGGGAUUGACUGCCGCUCUGGCAUGAAAUCAUGCUGGAAGUUUAAUGUAUGGACACAAAACAGGACAUGUACUACAGAAAACUAUUAUUAUUAUGACCGUUACACAGGGUUAUAUCUUUUUCGUUAUGCAAAACUUAAUUGUAAACCCUGUGCACCUGGAAUGUAUCAAGUAUUCCAUGACCUCCUGAGAGAAACAUCUUGCUGUAUUAACAAGGACUUCUGUAAUGAUGGCGCUAUUAUCUCAGAUACCUCAUCAAUAGUUUUAGAGGAUCUGAGGGAAAAGAAAGAGUUGAAUGAUGACUAA